AUGAAUUCACCUGACAUUGGGAAUACCCAAGAAGUACAGUUUUGCUUUGCUUUGGUUAACGAUUCUUGCCCUAGAAAUGUGAGGUCUGUGCUGAGUGUCUGUGCCAUGUACGUUGUCAUGAUUGGUGCUAUAGUAAUGACCAUGCUGGGCAACCUGGUUGUGAUCAUUUCCAUUGCCCACUUCAAGCAGCUCCACUCCCCGACCAACUUCCUGAUCCUCUCCAUGGCCACCACUGACUUUCUGCUGAGCUGCGUGGUCAUGCCCUUCAGCAUGAUCAGGUCCAUCGAAUCCUGCUGGUACUUUGGGGAUCUCUUCUGCAAAGUCCACAGCUGCUGCGACAUCAUGCUCUGUACCACCUCCAUUUUUCACCUCUGCUUCAUCUCCGUGGACCGCUACUAUGCUGUCUGUGACCCUUUGCAUUAUGUCACCAAAAUCACCAUCCCUGUCAUAGAGGUCUUUCUAUUCAUCAGUUGGUCUAUUCCAAUCUUUUUUGCCCUUGGCCUGGUUUUCUCAGAAUUAAACGUAAUUGGUGCAGAAGAUUUUGUUGCAGCCAUUGACUGCACAGGUGGUUGUCAAAUUGUUGUAAAUCAAGACUGGGUGUUGAUCGACUUUCUGUUAUUCUUCAUACCUACACUUGUCAUGAUAAUUCUUUACAGUAAGAUUUUUCUUGUAGCUAAACAACAAGCUAUAAAAAUUGAGCACACUGGUGGCAAAGCAGAGUCAUCCUCGGAGAGUUAUAAAGCCAGAGUGGCCAAGAGAGAGAGAAAAGCAGCUAAAACCCUGGGCAUCACAGUGGUAGCAUUUCUGAUUUCAUGGUUACCGUAUACAAUUGACACGCUUGUUGAUGCCUUCAUGGGCUUCGUAACCCCUGCCUAUAUUUAUGAGAUCUGCUGUUGGGGGGCCUAUUAUAACUCAGCCGUGAACCCUCUGAUUUAUGCUUUAUUUUAUCCUUGGUUUAGGAAAGCCAUAAAGGUUAUUGUGAGUGGGGAAGUUUUGAAGGAUAGCUCAUCAACCAUUAGUUUAUUUUCAGAAUAA